AUUAAUAUAAGCUUUUAUAGUGAUUUGAGCAGUUUUGAGUUCAAUGUUUGCAAAAUGGAUAUACUUUGCUUUGAUAUAUUUGAUUCACAUAACUGUCAGCAUGGCUAACCGUAGACUGCAUGAAUAUCAUAAUUCGGAACUGAUUGACAUCGACUUACCAUCAGGUGUUUCAAAGCCAUAUUAUACAUUUGAGAGUAAUUCUCAUGAAAAUCAUAAAGUACUGAGUCAUAUAAGAAGAAGAGCACGCAAGCGUACACGGCAUCUAUUUAUCACACCUCUUGACCUUCUACUCAAUCUCAGAAGAUAUGACAAUGAUGAAAAUGAUUAUGUAUCCGAGUCACCUGUAUAUUUUCGACAAUUUGUGGAUAAGGCUCGCCAAGCAUUAUCAGUGAGCCCUGAAAAACAUCAGUAUUUAUCAGAAGAAGAAGAAUUUAUAAAAAUUUUGAUUAGACUUAUUAGGCUUUUCAGCAGAAGACGUUUUCAAAAAGUCAGGCCAGUAGUUUCAGUUAACCACAUUUUAUUAUCCCAACCAAAUAUUCACCCCACAAAUUCAGAAGAACAUCCACCACCAAAUAAUCUAAUUGAUUUUUGCAAGAAUCAGCAACCAGUACCUUCUACUCAGUCUGCUUUGAACAGUUUCCCAGUUUCCAAAACUGUUUCAUUACCUUAUACUAAUCCUACGGAAUCUUCACAACAAACAUCUCAAUCUUAUUCCUCCGACCCUUCCAUACAGACUGGUACUAUUAGUAAUGUUGAUGUUUCUCAUUCUAAAACUAAAGCCAUUCUUUCAAAGUCAUCUCAAAAAUAUCUUGUUUCUCCUCCACUUCAGAGUAUGCUUAGCGGGAACUAUAAUGUCCAAACAGAAACUGACCCUGCUAUUAUCGCACAGCAAUCAGGAAGUAACUUUCCCAGCAUGCCCGGAUUUAGCCAAUUAGCAAGCUCCACUGACCUCACUUUGGAGCAACAAGGUUACAAAUAUAGACCAGUGCCGAAUAAUGUUGAAGCAAUAUCCUCAAUACCCAUAGGACGAUCGAAUAUCUUGACGGCUGCUAGUAUAACUGAUCUCCCACAACCGAAGGAAAUCAAUCAGCAAAGCUCCUUAAAUACUUUUCCAGCUACAUAUUCAUUAGCUCUAACUUCCAAUAUAAAUAAUCGUGAUAAUUUCGAUAAUCAACCAACACAACAUGGGCAACCAAUAUCGUCACAGCGACCGGAAAGUCUAUCGCACACAGAUAAGUUUGCACAACAAUCACUGACUCAACAACCAUCUCAAAUUUCUCCAGUUACGUCAAAUCAAAAAAAUGUGCCACCAACUGGUCAAGAUUUAACCCACACUAGUCAGUCACCUAAUGUGAAUAAUUUAGCAGUCAAAGCUCAAACCCAAUCCCUCGGACAGCAAAAGCAAAAUGUCAUUCUUCACCAGCCUUCACAUAAACCUGUUCAGAAAGCAUCAAAAACUUAUGCCGAUGGACCAUCACCGUUACCUCCAGAACAAUAUUCUGUUUCAAAGAUCGGCAAUUAUGAUUGGGAUUAUAAUAUAGUCCAUUCAAGUAGUACUCAACGACGAGAUUUAAAGAAUUAUGCAGUCAAACAGAAAAUUCUAGAACAGAUCCGAAGAGUUUUAUCAUAUUCGUAAAUGGUUUGUAUUUUUUUUUAAAUUGUGUCAAUUACUCACUAAAUUUGUCCUGAAUUAAACAAAAAUAUCAUAAUUGAUUUCCUGCUUUACG